UCACUCUCCGCUCGCGGCUUCAGUGUGGCUCUAGCAGCCAUAGGUGAUGUAGGUAGUGUACACUCUUCUCUCUACACCUGGACCUGACUGUACUGCCAGUCAUCUGCACUACCCUUCACCUUAAAUAAGAGUAUAUGAUCCCUAUCCUGUAUCGUAGAGACUGUUUGAUGACGUCAGUGAUGGCCUAAGCACCUCGGGUGUACCAAGAUGGCUGCGCCGUAAUGGUGAAGCGGCCGCUGGUGUGGUGGGAGGGUGUGGCGGCGCUGGUGACGGCCCUGGCUCUCGUCCUGCUGGUGGGCUUCACCUGGGAGGCCAGCCAGUCUGCUCUUUUGCCCCCGCCCGCCGCCCACACCCAUCACCGCCCACCCCUGCGAGGCCACCCAGGGCUGUACCCUCCACCUGCGCCCCUGUUGGAUUUGCCGGCCAUCUCCCUGGUGGCCAACACCCCCGCCUGCGACACCUCCCCCUUCCUGCUGGUCUUACUGGUGAUCUCCCAUCCCGCCCACGCAGCCCUCAGGGACGCCCACAGGACCUAUGUCUCCUGGGAAACCCUCAACGCCCUCGGGGCCAGGAGGGUGUUCAUCUUAGCUGACGGCAGCAAGGGCCUGCAGGUGGACUACCCGACGGUACCCGUGGCCAGGGUGCUGCAGGAGAGUGGCCUCCACCGCGAUCUUGUAGUGGCCGACUUCAAGGAUCACUACCGCAACUUGACCUACAAACACGCCCUGGCGCUCUCCUGGGCCACACACUUCUGUCCCCACGCCCGCUACCUCUUAAAGAUGGACGACGACAUCAUGGUGGACGUGUGGGGCGUGGUGAAGUUGCUGCAGGCGGGGCUGGUGGUGGACCACUGGGGCCAGGUGCACCCUGGGGACAGCGGUCACCGUCGGCUAGAGCCUGAAGGUAUAUGGGUGGCGGGGCUGGUUCAGCGGGGCCUUCAGCCCCAGCGUGGGAGCGGCAAGUGGCGGGUCACUAAGGCAGAGUAUCCGAGGCACAUCUACCCUAACUACUUGGCCGGGUGGGCCUACCUGGCCACACAGCCGGCCGCCACCGCCAUCAUGCGUGCCGCCUCCAACGCCACACCAUUUUGGAUUGACGACGUGUACAUGACUGGGACGGUGGCGGUGGCGGCGGGUGUGCCGCGCUACGCCCUCAACAAGCAUUAUACUUUGAUGAGGGGUGCUGCCACUUGCUGCCUGGAGGGCCCCCACCAGCCCCUGGGAAAACCCCAUCCCUGGCCCUCUCCCGCCCCUCUCUGUGGCCUCCUCGUAGCACCUUCUGACAAGAACGUAACCAUUCUGAAGGCGUGGCUGACCACAGCACGUGCGUGUCACGAGGGCAGGGGGUGCCCCAGCCCUCCUCCAAACAGUUGCCCGCCCACACGCCCACAUUACGGCGUGGGCACCGUUAUAGCACUCUCCUGACCACCGUGAUGGUGGCGAGUAUCUUAAGUGCCACGAUGUCAUGACAGAUAGCCAGGCACCUCCGGGUGUCUUAAGUUCCUACCAAGGUCAGCCGUCAGUGUUCGGUCGUUGUCACUGUUAGUCAUCCUCAUCCUUAGAAUCAAUGUGUACACAGAGCAGCUGAUAGCCCAAACUCGCCACCCACCCUCACCACCCAUCACUCUACCCACCCUCCCACAUUCUCUCAUCAACCAUCAACCCAUCCUUUUUCUCUCACCACUCAGCUAUUCACCAUCUCCCAACACCCACCCACCUUCACCCAUGCGGGCACCACACCCACACGCUCUCCCACACCGCACCCAACGUCCCUACCCUCCCUUCUUUCCUCUCACGCACUCUUCAAGUUACACCGAUUGUCCUCCAUCCUUCCUCCCACGCUACACCCACGCCACGCCCUACCACCACCACCACUACAAACAGCUCCCAAGAUACGACUAGACUGCCUUCCUAACACUACUAUAGGUUAUGUUGUUUUGGUGAUGCGAGUGUCUGUCCUCCUCUGGGCUGCACGCGAGGGAAAUAUUGGUCUUUUUUCCACAGGAGUUUGUUUUAUUUAAUUCCUACAUCAUCCUAAACAUUAAAUAUAUAUCUAACACGAUACUAUUAUAAUGUCUUCUAUUUCUUAUAUUAUUUGACAUAUAUGAAAUAGAUUUACCAAUAUAGCACAGUGAAAAAUAUAUAAACAAUACACAUGCGAACUCGUGUAUGUA